AUGACCCGGUCGAGAUUGGCUCUCGCCCUGCUGGUUCUGGUCCUCAGCCUCGUUAGCGCGUCGGCCUUCGACUGGACAUUUUGGAACGACGACGACGAGACCCCGGCACCCGCCACCAAGAAGACAAAAGCCCCUGCGACUGCUACUACUACUGCUCCGACCGUGACGCCCUCUACGGCGUCUUCUUCUUCGCUUGACUCCACACGGCCGACCACGGAUUCAUCGUCGCUCGACGAUUUGGUUGCCAGUGCCUCUGGAUCGCUUGAGCUGGAUGCGUCGGGAUCCGGAUCCUUUAUCGACGCGUCCGCCAUCGACGUGAACGCUGAGCUCGCGUCGGCCGUGACCGCCAAGAGCGAUAUCAAGUCGACGUACAAGAACUGGGUGGGCCCCCGCGCCGUGUCCGCGGACGCCGCGUGCUACCGCGAGUCGCACUUCAUGGAUGUUUGCCCCACCAACUUCGACCGCAACGAGGCCACCGGAACGUGCUGGGCCGAGUGCCCGAUCGCGUACCCGGUCGAGUGUGGCAUGGAGUGCAUCCGCCAGAACGACGACUGCGCCAUGGAGGUGCUCAACAAGGUCGGUGCAGUGGCUAACACGGCCCUGGCCAUCGCGUCGUUCGGCGCCGCGCAGAAGCUCUGGCAGGUGGCCAAGGGCGUCACGCGCGCGUUCGACUGCGCCAAUAUGAUGAUCGGUACCAUGAGAUCCAUCAUCCGUUACGUGCGUAACAUCAAGACUACGGACCCCACGGCGUCCACGGACAAGAUCCUCAACAUCAUGUACCAGUCCAACAACAUCGUGACGGACCUGCCGAUUGCCAUCUACCUGUGCAUGGGCUGGGAGCUGCCGCGGCCACUCGAUAUCUCGGGUCGUGUGCUCACGACCAUGAACUGGAUCCUGCUGAACGCCAUCGCCUACAAGGACGACAUCGUCUCGAGCUGGAGCAAGUUCAAGGCCUUCCUCAUCGGCGCCAACUUCACGGAGGCCGCCAACAAGAUCAACGAGACGGAGAUCGGCACGCUCAGCGACGCGCUCAAGUCCAAGUCCACGUGCGGCUACGAUCUGCGCGCGCUGACCGACCGCACGUGGAACGCGGUGAACCAGCUGAGGGCCGACAACCCGGGCAUCUCGGAGGACGACCUGCGUCUCAAGAUGCAGGACACGCAGCUCGUGACGUCGGAUAUCGCCGUCGUGACCAACAACUGCAUGGAGCAGCUCAUCGAGGAGUCGGACGAGGCCACGGCCUACAAGACGCGCGAGAAGAUCCGCAUCGCCCUCAGCGGCAUGAUCAACCAGCUCGUGUCCAAGGGCAAGAGCAACAACGGAUCGAGCGAGGACGCGCAGCAGUUCAUGUAUACGGCGCUGAGCAAGACGCUCAUCUCGAUCGCCGUCACGGGUUUCGACCUUAUCGGUGUCAUGGGUAUGAUCGCCGCCUACCUGCAGACGAUCUGCGGCCCGACCAACUUCAUGGGCGAGAUCGAUGACGGCACGGACCCCAACACGCUGGGCCUCACCAUGAUCCAGGCCGCGUUCAAGAACAGCACCAUGUCCUGGACCAAGAAGGGCGACGGCGCUGUCAUCGUCAACUUUAAGAGCACGGACACCAAGGACGUGACGGUCAACAUCAUGUCGGGCGGCGACAAGAUCGAUGAAGUGGACGUCAAGGCUGGCGGCACCGCCAAGUGGACGUCCAACGUCACCGCCCUAGCCGGCAAGACGCUGUACCUGGACCGCUGGCGGCCGGGCUUCCUGGGUCUUCCCGGGACGGGAGGUGGCUCGCUUCUCAUCUGGGUGCCUCACGCCUCCCAAGGCGGCCACCUCGAGCUCAAUGCCAAGCUGAACGUGAGUUAG